AUGCCAUCACGACUUGCGCGAUCCGCAACCAUUUCCAGGUCUCCGGAAGAAGCAAGAAAACGUGUAAUCCAACUCUACCGAGACUGGUACCGAUCCGCUCCCGAAAUUGUCACAAUAUACUCUCUCAACAUGUCCCCCGCCUAUGUGCGGCACCAAAUCCGCAAGAAAUUCGAACGCAACCGCCAUGUGACGGACGCACGGGCGAUUGACGUUCUCCUUUUGAAGAGUCGUCAGGAUUUUCAGGAGACAUUGAACAUUUGGAAGAUGGCUGAUCAUGUUAAUGGAAUCUUGUUAAAUGAUACAGAUCGGCCGCAGAGGACAUUUUUGCAGAAGUUUUACGAAGGGAGAGACGAAGAUGCUGUCAGGCCAGCCGCUUCUGGGGUUAUAUAG